AUGGGAGAGACUGGGAGGGUACGCGUGGCUGUACGCGUGCGGCCUCUACUUAGCUUCGAGAAGACAGAGAGAUUAGGAGAGUGCCUGAGCUGCAUCCCCCAAUCCAAGCAGCUGUGCGUUGGCGACGGCGGGGACAACGGGCGAAAUACCUUCACGUUCGACUUUACCUUCCCGAAGAGCUGCGAACAGAGGUCUCUCUACGAUGACUGCGUCGCUUCCCUGUUGGAAGCCUUCUUCGAAGGGUUCAAUGCCACCAUCCUGGCGUACGGUCAGACCGGCUCGGGCAAGACCUACACAAUGGGAAGCGCCAGCAGCCUGAGGAUCGCCGAGGAGGAGCAGGGCAUCAUCCCUCGCGUCAUCACCGGGAUGUACGACCUCUUGAGAGAGGCGCUGGAGGAGAGGCCCAACGUCUCUUACUCUGUACGGUGCCAGUUCCUAGAGAUCUACGGCGAAGAGAUACACGAUCUACUAGAGCCGGCCGGUUCCACCGUGACCAUUCGCGAAGGGCAGAAUGGAGAGGUCAACGUGCACGGAGCUAAGGAGAUGCUGGUCAACGGUGCUGAGGAAAUGGCGAUGCUGCUGGAGAGAGGGUCCCUCUGCCGGACCACGGGUUCGACGCUGAUGAACGCACACUCCUCGCGAUCCCACGCCAUCUUCACGGUACUGUUGGAGCAGCGCAUCCGGCCGGAAGGGGAGGCGCCUGUCGCGGAUGAGAGGGUGGACCCGGAUGACGUGGAGAUCCGUCGUUCGAAGUUUCACUUCGUUGACCUGGCGGGGUCUGAGAGGGCGAAGAGGACAGGGGCAUCGGGUCAGCGUUUCAAAGAGGGUGUGGACAUCAACAAGGGGUUGCUGACGUUGGGUAAUGUCAUUAGUGCCCUCGGAGACGACACCAAGAGAGGGAAGGUCCACGUCCCCUACCGGGACUCGAAGCUGACGCGCAUGCUUCAGGACUCGCUGGGCGGCAACAGCCAGACCCUCAUGAUCUGCUGCGUCUCUCCCUCGGAGUCCAACAUGCACGAGACCCUCAGCGCGUUACGGUACGCGAACCGCGCUCGUGACGUGUCCGCGGAGACCCUCCGAGAGCUGGCCGCGGCUUCCACGCCCGCCCGCCAGUCACCGAGACCGCUCGCACGGGCGAGCUUUAGCCGGUCGGGGCCGCUGGACGCGUCCGUUCCCGUGCAGCGCGAGCUGACCAUGCUGCGGGCGCGGGUAGCUGAGGCGGAGGGCGAGGUGGUACGCCUGACGGAAGAGACGAAGCUCGCACGGAAGCGAGAGAGCGACAAGGACGAUGCCCUUGCCGGGGUCCGUGCCGAGCUGGACCUCGCCCACGAGGCCCUGAGGGGGGGAACGGGGACCGACCAGCUCAUGCUAGACAUCGCCGAGGCGGCGGAGGAGGGGGUCGGGGACAGCAGCGAUGCUGCGGCCGCCGCCGCGUCGCUUGUCGAAGCCGAAGCCCAGGAGGAGUCUACGGGGGAGGAGAACAUUUCCCCCAAGGCCAGACUGGGCGGGGUCCUGAAGGGAUUUUUCUCCGGGUCCGCCGGAUCGACAACGCGCUCCAAGUCGCCCGGCAGCUGUAGUAGUAGCGAUGCCCUUGGGGAUGGGGGCGGUACCCAGAGGAGGCCGGAGGGGGAGGCAAGCGGGCGGGAGCCUUCUUCUGCCGCGGGUGCACCGAGGAGGGCAAAGCCGGAGGCAGCGGCGCGGGAGAGAGCUCUCGCCGUGGUGAAGGAUUUCCACCAGCGCAUCCAAGCGCUGGAGGGCAAGCUCCACGACUCGGAGAGGCAGAGAGCGGCCCUAGAGCGGCAACUGGUGCAGAGCAGCGGCGGGGGGGCCGGGAGUGGAGCUAGGGGGAGCGGGGCGCCCCUGAUGGUCGGGUUGUCGGCGAAGCUUGCGGCGGCGGCGGCCGGGGAUACCGGCGAGCUCGGCACCGAUGCGGUUGCUGAGGCCAACAAGAGGCAAAGAAGGCUUGCCGAGGAGAAACGACGUAGAGAUCAGCUCAUCAAGAGGCUCGGCGCUGGAGGCGAGGACGGCGCGGGCGGCGUGAAGGCUGCCGGGGACAGCGGCACCAAGGUCCACGACGACGAGGAGGACGAUGAGGACGAGGAUGAUGAAGAUGAGGAGGAGGACGAGGACGAGGGGCAAGGAGAGGAGGACGGGGACGAGGUUGGUGCUGCGGGGAUGACGCGCCUGAGCUUGGGGUCCAGCGUCGUUACGGGACAUGAGGAGGAGGAGCGAGCGUUGCGCCAGAGCGAGACCAAGAUCAACGCGGAGCUGUCGGACCUGGACAAGAGCAUCAUUCUCAAGGAGGCAUUGCUAGCGCAGAUCAAGGAGGGCCAGGCCUCUUACGAAACCAUGCAGCAGCACUACGAGCACAAAUUGCGAGAGAUGGACGUGGAGGUUCACAGGCACGAGCAGGAGCACGAGCGGCUGCUGUCUGACUUGGCCAAGCUCGAGAAGCAGACGGAAGUGGCCGUACAGUCGGAGCGCGAGAAGCUUCAGAAGCAGCUCAAGGAUAAGACAGCGGCGCUGGCCAAGGCCAAGGAGCGGCAGAGCGAGCUGAGCGUGCUGUCGCGGGACCGGCGCAUCAAGCAGGACACCAUGCGGGGGCUGGAGACCGAGAUCCUCAAGAUGAAGAAAAAUAAGCUUGACCUGCAGCGGCGGCUAGACUCGGAGAAGAAACGGCAGCGGGAGAUCCUGAUGCAGAAGUCGAAGGAGAUAAUGUCCCUCAAGCGCAGCGCCAUGAAGGAUCAAGCGGAGGUGAAACGGCUGGAGCGAGCGAAGAGCAAGGCGGAGGCGGUGUCGAAGCGACACCUGGACGAGCUCGCCCUCAUCCGCAGGCUCCAGAGGCAGAAGCUGGGCGUGGGGCGUAAGCAGAAGCUGACGGCACAAGAGCGAGAGACGAAGAGGCUUCUAGACAAGAAGGAUUGUGGUCGGUUCUCGAGCUUGACGGAUCAGCGCCAGCUCAGGGAUCGCGACGCACGCACCCGCGCCCGAGUCCCAGCCUUCGCCUCCAGCCGCUCCGACAACCGGCUUUCGCCACGCCCCCCGGUGCCACGCUUUGGCGGUGGCACCAGCGCUAAGCAGCAGCCGGCCCCGCCGCCACCGCAGCAACAGCAGCAGCACCACGAGGCGGGUAAGGCAGGGGAGGCGUCCUCCGUGUCCCCCCCUUCUACGGAGAAUGAGGAGAUGACGUUGAGGGCGGCGCUGCCCGCGGAGGGAGGCCUCGACGAGGAGGAGAUGGACACGCUGAGGGAGGUGGAGGAGCGCCUGGAGAGCAAUAAGGUGGAGCUCGAAUACAAAGACCGCAAGAUUGACUCCAUACAGCAGGAGGUUAACGCCUGGGCGGAGAGGCGCCGCAUGAGGCGCCGGGACCCAACGGCCAGCGGCGCCGCCGGCGCCGGCACCGGUAAGGACAGUGGUCAGGGCAAGGGCUCGGAGGUAGGAGAGGCGCAGAUGAUCGAGGAGCUGGAGAGCGGCGUGAGCGACCUCAAGGGGGCGAAGGGGAUCAUCAGGGUGCUGUUCAGCAGCCUCGUGGCGGCCAGGCGCGGCCUCAAGCAGAAGACGGGGGCCGUUAAGGGUUUCCAGGAGGAACUGGACAAGCAGAGGAGGGCCCUGGAGGACACGCAGGAGCUGCGGCAGACGGAGCUGAGGAGUUACGACCGCAAGCUAACCUCCCUCACGGCCGACUACGAGAGGAAAAUCAACGGCCUGAUCAACCACACCGGCAUGAGCGGCCUUCUCCACGCCGCCAUCGAGCGCACCGAGGGGGGUGACGGGGCCCCGGCGGCGGCAGGUACCCUACCAGGGGACGGAACCACGGGGCCCCCUGUGUCGGAGAGGCGGAGUUCCGGGCUGGAGUCUAGCGGCCGCCACGGUGUAGGGGUCGGGGAUACGACGCAGGAUGCAAUGGCGAAGGUUUUGCACGAGAGGUGGCUGUCGGAGAGGAAGAAAGCAAGGUCGCUCGAGUCGAGGCUGAAGGAGUCCGAGGUUCGGAUAGGCGACCUCGAGGAGGUGCGCAAGCACGAGCGCAAGGCCUUGGCCGACAAGGAGCAGGACGAGGAGUGGCUGUCUUACGAGCUCAGGGCCUAUCGCGCCCGCUACAGCCAACUGAGAGACGAACGGGACCGCUUGAAGGUGGAGUUAGACAGGGUCCGUCGGAGCGCUAGCGGCACCGGCGUAUCAUCGUCGGGGGGGCACGCAGCAGCCGCAGCAGCAACGGCAACGACAACAACAAGCUCUGGCUUGAACGCCAACAGCGGUAGCCAUCACGCACGGCACCCUUCCCCCUCAUCGGCGCAGUUCCUUCGCGGCCACUCCGGCUCAGGCCUAGCCGCCCCCCCGCCGCCGCCGGUGGCGGGGUCGUCGUCCCCCACACAGUCCGGACCGCCGUCCCCCCCUCCGAGACCAACCAGCGGGCGAGGAGUUCCAACGAGGGAUUCGUACCACGGUCCCGGGUCCAUUGGCGGCGGAAGCAGAGGGUCGAGUCCGUCGCGACGGCAGCACGAGGCGGCGGCGGCGGCGGCGGCGGCGGCGGCAACGGGAGGGGUAGGGUUGUCCCCUGACGCCUCCACGAGGACGUCGGUGGGGGAGCGGGCGCCCGGGGAUCGGGGACAGCAGGCCGGCAGGAUGUCCCCGAGUUCGGGCGGGGGGGGGGACAGGGAAGUCAUGUCCCCGGAUAAUCCCGCCUCCGACGUCGGCAGCGAGUACGACGACGUGGACUCGGUGGACGAGCAUGAGUCGGAGGGGGGCGGGGACGUGAACUUUGCCGGGGUGACGAGCGACCUUGAGGCCAUCCGCCAGGGAAGGAUGCCCGAGUCGAUGCAGCUUGUGGCCCGCGUUAACGCCGAAGCGGGUGGCAAGGUGUCCGUGUUCGACCGUCUAGCCUCAACCACAACGGAGAGUCGCAGGCAAAAGGUCAACGACCGGGAUCAGCUGCACGAGAAUCUACGGCGAAAGGCGAAGCAAGACGCUUUCCGCAAGAAGAAAGACUUCAAGGUUGUUCCCGGCCACCUGCCGGGGGCGAAUGGGCUACCCACGGGCACCAUGGGGGCCCCGGGAGGCGGAGGAAGCUCAUCGGGACACGUGUCUGUCGCGGAUGCGAUCGCGUCUCUGGAGGGAGGCAAAAGCGCCACAUAUCCUGGUGCGGGCGGAAUCGACGGCAGCAGUGGAAGUGCGGCGACAGGGCCGAAGGAGUUGUCCGUCUUCGAGCGGCUUCAGAACUCGUACAUCCGACGGCGAUCGUCGUCGUCCGGGGACCCCCAUUCCUCCUCCCAGUCCCACUCCCACGGCCAUGGCCAUGCCUCUACGACCACUCCUCCUCGCUCCCGCACUACUUCUACAACACCGGCAACCACGCCGACGCCAACGCCGACGCCGACAGCGAUGACACCGAGUUCUGGUUCUGUUUCUGUCGCCCCUCACCGUAAGACUGCGAAGAGUCCCUCUCCCGCCUUUUACUCGCCCGUUCGCCAGGCUCCGGCUAACCACGCCAAGCUCAGCGGUGGCACGCACAAGAAGUACGUAAAAGUGGGUGGGCCAACGACGGUUGCGUCGAGGUUGUUCAUGCAGCAGCACGCCGAGGCUGCUGCUGCCGCCGCCGCUGUCGAGACGUCGCGGGCAUCCAGCAACAGUGGGUCCCCUCCCCGGGCGAUGUCGGCUACUUCCGGUAGCCAGGCCGGAUCGGACGAGAAGGAUCGAUCGGUCAACAGCGACGACGCCCUAGGCGUUGUGGACGAGGAGGGGCUGGGGUUGGGGGGCAGGAGAGACCGAGAAAAGAAGCAGUUCGGAACUAGCAUACACAGGGACAGCGGCGCCGCUGCGCACGCCACCGGGCAGCGCGGAAGCUACACCGGAGCAAGCGGCAGCGGCGGCGGCGGCGGCAACAAUGCCGCUAUCGGCGGUGCGGCGGGGGCCGGGGACAACUCGGUGUUCGACCGCCUUCCUUACAGUUACACCGAGUCGGAGCGGAAGCGGAGACAGCCGGAGGCGGCGCCAGCGCCACCGGCGAUCCCGGCCUCCUCGAACCCUAGCACCGGCAGGCAGCCGUUUUCGAUCCGACGGUCUUCCCAGGACAAGGAGGCGGUAGCAGUAUCGGCUACUGCUGCUGCUGCUGCUGCUGCUGCUGGGGGACCGCAGAAUCCUCUGCUUCCUUCUCGACGUAGCGUCGAGUUGGAGCCCGGCGGCGGGCGUUCCGACGAGAGGGGGGGUAGGUGACCGCCACCGCCGGGUUAAGGCUUCGGCCCGUCUCCUUGUUGAUGUGGCAAGGAUGGGGGGCUCGGGACGUAGCCCGAGGGGGGGGGUCGGAUCGGAACAGACUUGCUUUCUGUUUCGAAUGGAACACGAAGGUCCAGCUGUCACCGGGGUUUGCUGGUCUGUGCGUGGAAAGGGGGUGAGCUUGUUGCCGUGGUGGGGAGCACACAGCGAGCGAACCCAUACACCCCGCCCUGCGGAUGGAGGAUGGGGUUGGAGCUGCGAGGAGAAACGGUGACGCUUGACUAGGCACGUCGUCGGUGCUUUUUGGCGGUAGGGUACCUCGGGGAGGGGGGGGGUCGUCCAAAGAGGAUGCUUUUUUUUGCUUCAAUCGUGUCGAGGGAUCGGGUUGUUGCUUAUCUUUCAUGCUCGUCUUGGCGCUCAGUGACGGCCGGGUUGGUUGUACAUUAAAUACGUUGCGACGCGCGUGACCCAUUCCUUCUGUGUGUAAGUAAAUCUUCCCGGCUUGUCGGCCUUUUGUAACGUUAAUGGUGGCCGUUGCUCCCGCAUACGAUCGUGAGAUAAGAGAACAUCUGCGGUUGUUGCCUUUCGCGGCCUGUUGAGUUUGAGACAAGAGUGAGGUGAAGUGCGUGAUUUUUGAGCGAUAGUGAUUGUUUGUGUGCGGGUUUCCUUCGGGUAUUGGUGCGUGUUUUUGUGUGGAGGGGGGGGUGAUGUGCGUGCUACGGUGGAGUGCUUGGAGCACGUCCGAGAGUAGGUUCUUUGGCUGUUGACGGUAGGCGAUGUCGCCGAGUAGGUAAUCACGUAGAGGGAACAUCUUGGGCGGACCAGAACAUGAUCGAUACAUGUAGGGCCAACGGCACGCUAGGUGGUGAGUUUGUGUGUAUCUGUCCCUCUCUCAAUAGUGGGAGUCUUCUCUCUGUGCUCCAAUCUGAUUGAUUGGGCAGGGGUCGCUACAGCACGGCGUUCUCGCGGCUCUUGAGUCGCUCCUUGUUGCUGCGUCUUUCUUUUGGCGAUUUUUCCUCUGGAGGGGGGGAGGGGGGGGGGGGGGGGGNCAUGCAUGCCGUAGUCGUUAGACCAUUGACGUCGCAUCCCUACAAAGCCGGGACGGAGCACGCCGGGUUGUCACCGGACCAGGCUCCCACAUCACCGGAGGCGGGGGGUCAUUUCACCAUUUUUGAAAGGUCUCUGUUGACGUGUACCGACGUUAGCGCCGCGUGCGCGUGUCGGCGACAUGGUAGACGUUGCUUCUACACGCAAAGGGCAGCAGCAUUUUUUCAUGCUUACGAACCGGCCGAUCUCACCCCGUCCGUCGUCGCGCUCCCCCCCCCC